GCCACACCUCUUCCACCCCUGGAAACAUCAAGAUCUAAAUAGUUAACAAUUCUGGCAGCUUUUCCAACUGGGGCUUGUAGCUGAUUUCUUCUGAAGAAGUUGAAUUAGCUUUAGCGGUUUUUGGAUCUGUCACAGGAUGGCUGGAAGACCUCUACGCAAAGCCGAGAGGAGUCCUUUUAAACUGCUGCUUGGUGUGAUAUCAUUGACUUCGGUUUAUUCCUAUAACAUCGAUUUGGAUCAUCCCAUUGUAUUCCAAGGUCCCAAUGGCUCAUUUUUUGGAUAUUCUGUUCUGGAACACUAUCACGAUGAUACACGAUGGGUACUGGUUGGAGCACCAGAAGCAGAUUCGAAAUUUAGUUCAUCCAUGAAGACGCCAGGAGCAAUUUUUAAAUGCCGUGUCCACAGCAACCCUGACAGAAGAUGCACUGAGCUAGACAUAGGAAGAGGAAACCGCAAAGGGACCCUCUGUGGAAAGACAUGCAAAGAGGAUAGAGAUGAAGAGUGGAUGGGAGUUAGCCUGGCUAGACAGACCAAAGCUGAUGGCAGUGUGCUGGCAUGUGCACACCGGUGGAAAAAUAUCUACUAUGAAUCAGAAUACAUACUUCCUCAUGGAUUUUGUGUUAUUCUGCCGCCUAACUUGCAGGCCAAUGGGAGAAAAUUAAUGCCUUGUUAUGAGGAGUAUAAGAAGAAGUAUGGUGAGGAACAUGGCUCAUGCCAAGCUGGGAUUGCAGGAUCAUUUAUGGAGGAGCUGGUUGUAAUGGGAGCACCAGGAUCAUAUUACUGGACCGGCACAGUUAAAGUUUUAAAUCUCACUGACAACACAUACUUCAAACUGAAUGAUCAAGCUGUCAAUGCCAGACACUAUACAUAUCUAGGAUAUGCAGUCACUGCUGGUCACUUUUCUCAGCCAACAACCAUGGAUGUAGUUGCUGGAGCUCCCCAAGAUAGUGGAAUCGGAAAGGUUUAUAUUUUCCGAACGGACAGGAGAUCAGGAUCACUUAUUAGAAUUUUUCAAGCAUCUGGCAAAAAGAUGGGCUCUUACUUUGGCUCAUCCUUAUGCGCAGUUGAUCUGAAUGCUGAUGGGCUCUCGGACCUGCUAGUCGGAGCACCCAUGUUCUCUGAAAUCAGGGAUGAAGGGCAAGUCACCGUCUAUAUGAACAGUGGAAAUGGAGUACUGGAUGAAUGGAUUAUCUUAAAUGGUGACAACGCAUACAACGCACACUUUGGGGAAAGCAUGGCCAACCUGGGCGAUAUUGAUGACGAUGGCUAUCCAGACGUUGCAAUUGGAGCCCCGAAAGAAGAUGACUACACAGGAGCUGUUUACAUCUACCAUGGUGAUGCAGAUGGGAUUGUGCCACAAUAUUCAAUGAGGCUGUCUGGACGAAAAAUAAACCCAUUAUUGAGGAUGUUUGGUCAAUCAAUUUCUGGAGGUGUUGAUAUGGACAGAAAUGGGUAUUCAGAUUUGACCAUUGGGGCCUUCAUGUCAGAUAAUGUGGUACUACUGAGAACCAGACCAGUCAUUACUUUGGAUGUCAGAAUAAUCCUGCCAACCUCGAUCAAUAUUACAGCUCCACAAUGCCAUGAUGGUGCCCAACAAGUGAAUUGCGUCAACAUUACUGUAUGCUUCCGAUUUCAUGGGAAGCAUGUUCCUGGGCAAAUAGGUUUGUUCUACAAUCUGACUGCUGAUGUUGCCAAGAAAGAAAAGGGCCAGCAGCCUAGAGUGUUUUUGAUAUCUUCAGGAGAAACUGUUCCGCAAAUAAGUGAGAAGCUUCAGCUUACCCACCAGGAAGAGAAAUGUGAGCAGUAUCUUGCACAUGUAAAGCGGAGAGUGAAAGAUGUGAUAUCGCCUAUUGUCUUUGAAACAUCAUAUAGCCUUGGGGAGCAUGUGAUUGGAAAUGAGGAGAAAGAGUUACCACCACUCAAACCUGUACUUCGCUGGAAAAAAGGACAGAAAAUUUCACAGAGGAACCAGACAUUUUUUGAAAGGAAUUGUAGGUCUGAUGAUUGUGCUGCUGACUUGAAUCUAAAGGGCAAACUUCUGCUAUCAAGUUUUGAUGACAAAACAGAAUAUCUCGCAUUAGGAGCUGUAAAGAAUAUUUCACUUAACAUUUCUGUCUCAAACAAUGGGGAUGAUGCCUAUGAUACCAACGUGUUCUUCAACUUUUCUCGAGAGCUGUACUUCAUUAAAAUGUGGCAAGAGAUGGAACAGGGGAUUUCAUGUGAAUUAAUUGAAGAUGACUUUUUGAAAUGCAGUGUUGGAUUUCCAUUCAUGAGGUCCAAAUCUAAGUAUGGUUUCAGUGUGAUAUUUGAUACCACACGAUUAUCUGGCGAAGAUGAUGCACUUCAGUUUCUUGUUACUGCACAAAGUGGAAAUAUAGAACGAGCAGAGUCUCUCCAUGACAACACCCUUACUCUGGCUGUAACUCUGAUGCAUGAAGUGGAUUCAUCUAUUACAGGAGUGGUAUCACCUUCCUCCUUUGUCUACGGAGAAUCAGUGGAUUCUUCAUUAUUUGUACAGCUUGAUGGUCUACAAUGUCACUUCCAGCCUCUUAACUUCACUUUUCAGGUUUACAAUGCUGGACCAAGUACAUUGCCUGGAUCAACCAUCAAUAUAUUAUUUCCGAAUCGAAUAUCUGCAACUGGUGCUGAAAUAUUUAAUAUACAAGAAAUCAUAGUUGGCCAAGACAAGGGACAAUGUUCAUUCCAGAAAAAUCUUACACCAUGUGUGAUACCCCAAGAAAAAGAAAAUAUAUUUCAUACAAUAUUUGGUUUCUUUACAAAAUCUGGCAGGAAAGUAUUGGAUUGUGAAAAACCAGGCAGACCAUGCUUGGUGUUAAAAUGUUACCUAAGCUCAUUAGCAAAAGAAGAAAGUCGGAACAUAGAUGUCUUUAUGCUACUAAAUACUGAAAUAUUAAAAAAGGAUAGUUCAUCUGUGGUUCAGUUUGUUACAAGAGCCACAGUGCAGGCUGAUACAACUCUACGAACAGUAGAAGUUCCAAGAGGCAAUUCAGAAGAUACAACGGUGAUAUUUGAGGCCCUGCACAAUCUGGAACCCAGAGGUUACGUUGUUGGAUGGAUCAUAGCAAUAAGUUUGCUUGUGGGGAUCCUUAUAUUUUUGCUGCUGGCUGUACUCUUAUGGAAGAUGGGUUUCUUCCGCAGAAGAUAUAAAGAAAUCAUUGAAGCAGAAAAGAACCAGAAAGAAUAUGAAGAAAGUUGGGACUGGGUUCAAAAAAACCAGUGAGCGGCAGCAACAACCCAGUCACAUGACACACAUUUGCUAGCUGAUUGGCACUGCUCUUGUAUCUUCCAUAUGUGGAAGAAAAGAAUCUUCUCCAGAUUUUCCGGAGGCUCAUUGAUGCUGUUUAUUCUUUUAUCAAUCUAACUAGCAAAGAAAAGUGUGCCCUGAGGCAACCACUGAAGCUUAUUGGGGGUGAUUGGAGCAAAAUAAUCCCUCUGCCAAGAUAAACUUUGGUAAUAAAGUUGCAGUGAAUAGCAAUAUUUAUAAAUUCAGCAUACAGUAUGUGGUAAAUCCGUCAGGGGAAAGCUGUUGCCUUAAACAAUUUUUUUUUUAAUGCAACUUUUAUACUGAUUUUAUCUUUA